AUCGUUUCCUGCUGCUAAAAUUUUCAUUAUACCCCGCGAAAAUCAUUUUUAUUACAAUUUCCCUCGAAAUGGCCUUAAAACUAGCCGUUUUUCUAGCUCUCACUGGGUUGGCACUGUGCCAAAACAGUACUACGGGAAGACCUGGUUCCUAUUGUAGAACACAAUCGAGAAGUGAAUGCUUCAUGGGAGCCUGCCCAUCGGGCUUCGAGUGCAUCGGAAACCAAUGUUGCUCCGAAGCCGACGUUGUUCAACCUGGAGGCGACUGUACUGAUUACUUGGCUGAUUGUACCAACGUCCAAUGUAACGCAAUCGGAAUGCAGGAUUUCGCCAGAGCAAAUUGUGCAAGAACCUGUAAUAUGUGCUAUAGUACAGCUCCUGUGAGCCCACAAUACGCCUGUACCGAUCUUCUCACCGACUGCGCUAAUCGUACGGCUUCUUGCCAAGACAUUGACUUUGUUGAUAUGAUGGCUUUGUACUGCCCGAGAACUUGCAGUCUCUGUUUGUGGGCCGCCGCCACGAAAAUUCCCAAUUGCGGAAACACACUUCCAGAUUGCACCACACGUGGAAACUACUGCUCCGCCACAAGCGUCUCCGCCUACCAGAAGCGUGUCGGAUGCGGGAAUCAGUGUGGUUUGUGCUCCCCGACAACUCCACAACCAGCAGCACCGGCUGUGCUCUCGACAAACAGCAAUGGAUUCCUCUUUUUUGGGCGCAAGUAGACCCCCGAAAGCCAUUGAACUGAAUGAAAUUGUUAAAUACAUUUUUUUUCUAGAAAUAAAGGAGAAAGCAUACA